GUAGCGCCGCCGCCUGGGAGAAGCCCCCCGACCCCACUGGUGGAGGCGGCGGCGGCAGCGGCGGCAGCGACCUUCCCAGGGAAGCCUCAACCGUCUGAAAAGCCAGGAAACACUGCUGGGCGACAGCCCAAUCAUGCAGAUCAGAGAGAUGGGUAGGAAAAGGCACAUGGCACCAUUUAAAGCAUGACGAAGAUCUUGCUUCAUGACGGCUUCAGGAACUUCCUUUCAACAGCUUGUGCGGUUCUGUGGACACACGACGUCCAGGCACACGAGCUCCUGUUCUGAGCUAGGACCUGGGAAGAAACCCCCCAGGAUGUGCAACACAAGCCAAGUCAGCUGGAGCUGCCCUGUAGACUCCAAGAUAGAUCACCUCUUCCCUCCCACGUUGUACAUCAUUGUCAUCACCAUGGGGCUCCCCACCAACUGCAUGGCACUCUGGGCUGCCUACCUGCAGGUCAGGCAGAAGAACGAGCUGGGCAUCUACCUGAUGAACCUCUCCAUUGCAGAUCUGCUCUACAUUGCCACUCUGCCCCUCUGGAUUGAUUACUUCCUUCACUAUGACAACUGGAUCCACGGGCAGGAGUCCUGUAAGCUGUUUGGGUUCAUCUUUUACACCAAUAUCUACAUCAGCAUUGCUUUCCUCUGUUGCAUCUCUGUGGAUCGCUAUCUGGCCGUGGCACAUCCUUUGCGCUUUGCCAAGUUCCGGACGGUGAAGACUGCAGUGACCAUCAGCGUUGUGGUGUGGACAAUUGAGAUUGGUGCCAACUCAGCUCCACUGUUUCACAAUGAACUCUUCCAUGAUCGCUAUAACCAUACUUUCUGCUUUGAGAAGUAUCCCAUGGAAGAAUGGGUAGCAUGGAUGAACCUCUAUCGGAUCUUCAUAGGCUUCCUCUUCCCAUGGAUGCUGAUGCUCUUCUCCUACCAGGGAAUUCUGCGGGCUGUGCGUGGCAACAUCUCCACCGAGAAGCAGGAGAAGGCUAAGAUCAAGCGUCUCUCCCUCAGUCUGAUAGUUAUCCUCCUCUUCUGUUUUGCCCCCUAUCAUGUUAUCCUGCUCUCCCGCAGCACUGUAUACCUGAGCAAGCCUUGUGACUGUAGUUUUGAGGAAAAGAUAUUUGUGGCCUACCAUACCUCCCUGGCUUUCACUAGCUUGAACUGUGUAGCAGAUCCUAUCCUCUACUGCUUUGCCAAUGAAGGUGCUCGAAGUGAUGUAGCCAAGGCCCUCUCCACCUUGGUGCGCUUCCUCACCAGCUCCAAACCCCAGGAGAUGGCUAGUGCCUCACUUACCCUUGACACCCCUCUUUCCUCCAAGAAAAGCAUCUUCUGCCGGCAGCCCUUGGCCUUCCCACUGCCCCCCUCACAGGUUGGGUUGGGGAUGAGAGAUGAGGAUCUCCACAUGAAGAUACUGACUUUUAACCAGUGAACGUUCCCUUGGAAGCACCUGGUGCUAUUCCAUGCAGCAUCUCGAGGAUGCAAUGAACUGAUUCUUGAAGAUCUAAUAAUAAUAUUACAACAAUUUAAAAA